AUGGCUGCUCCCACGCCCUUUCCGUCAACACAAUCAACCUCAGCUACAGACCAAGGCCCGGCAGUUACGCCCUCCCUUGACGGGCUCGAGGAAGCCGAAGCACCUGUUCCAAUGACCCAAACGGUCGCUAUCAUCACUAGCAUCACCUGUAUCACCGGUAUUGGUAAUCUGCUUGCCGGGCUGCUCACUGUGUGCAUUCCAGUCAUUGCAGCUGACCUCCACAUUCCUCCAGCGCUCCAGCUCUGGCCAACCGCAGCAUUUGCACUCGCGUGUGGAUGUGUCUUGCUUCCUUGUGGCGCUGCAACUGAUGUGUUGGGGUGUCGGCGCGCGUGUCUGCUUGGUGGAUUGCUUCAGACCGCUAGCACCCUGGGCGCUGGACUAUCGGUGACAGGAACCCAACUGAUCGCGCUGCGAGUGAUCGCGGGCCUCGCUGCGUCUUUCUGCCUGCCUAGUGCUGUCGGCGUCACGGCUCACGUCUUUCCUGCCAAUAGUAGCCCGCGUCGCCGCAGCAUUGCCUUUGCAGCCAUGGGUGGUGGCCAGGCGGUUGGUUUUGGGUUGGGCCUGGCGCUGGGCGGCGUGUUUUCAGACACAAUUGGCUGGCGUUGGGGAUUUUAUGUUACCGCAAUACUUAACAGUGCGGUGCUGGCCCUGGCACUAUGGGCAAUUCCAUACAGUGCGGAUGGUGGUCCGCUGGGGAAAGCAUCGCUCGCGCGUCUGCGCCGAGAUGUCGACUGGAUUGGCGCUCUGCUCAUCAGCAUUUGCCUUGCGCUUCUCUCCUACGAGCUAGCCGUCGCUACCGGUUCAGAUGCGGAUCAGAGUAUGCGUCAGCCGCUCAACCUUGUCCUCCUUUGCUCGGCACUGGCACUUCUACCUGUAUUUGCCUUGUGGAUGCGGCGACAAGUUCGACUCAGUCGUCCGGCACUGAUUCCAAACUCGCUUUGGACCAACGUGCCGUUUACAGCUGUUUGUAUUACCGUGUUCCUUGUCUGGGGCACCCUCAAUGCGAGUGAACAGCUCACAGCCUUGUAUCUCCAAGACGUUCGCGGCACAUCGACCUUGACAGCGUCGUUGUAUUUCAUGCCGGCACCCGUGUGUGGCCUGUUGAUGAAUGCUGCCAUCGGCAUUUCACUCCCAUACUUGAAGCCCUCGAUCGCUGUGCCCGCCGGAUGUCUUGCGAGUGGUAUCGCCCCGCUCCUGCUAGCAACCCUGUGCGGCGUCGACGGGCCAGGGUAUUGGCGUGGUGUCUUCCAAGCCAUGGCUCUGAACCCGUUGGGAGCGGACCUAAUCUAUACAAUCGGAAACCUCGUAAUGACAGACUCAUUCCCAGCCAAGACGCAGGCGCUAGCGGGCGGCGUCUUUAACAUGCUAGCUCAGGUUGGGAAGAGUGUUGGGAUCGCCACAUCGGCACUCAUUGCACGGCAAAUCACCUCGCAGACCCAUCACGCAGAAAGCGCCAGCGCACUGUUAAAGGGAUACAAGGCCGGAUGGUGGUACAACUGUGCACUGGCAUUUGCCUCGGUAGCUGUUAGCUUCUGGGGACUCAGGAGUGUUAAACGGCUUGAAAUUAAGAGAGAUUGA